ACCCAAAGAGUUCUAGGCAAUUUUAUGGAACACUCGAUUUAUCGACAGUCAGUGGUUGAUGUCUGCAAAAACCAAAUGCCGAACUGUGUUAUCUAAUUUACGGACAUUUGGGUGGUGAUGGCAAAUCUAUCCAGACCGUAUGGGGUCGAUCAAUUAUAACACGGACUAAUGAGUGCCGACCAAGGAACCGCGACCAUUGCCGAUGUCCAAGGCCUAACCAAUCUGAAAGUGUGCCUCUUUCGUGCGAGUGCCUCGGCUCGGGAUGAAGUGCACGAGCAGGUCUGAUGCAUGCUGACGUGGAACCAAGGAAGAUGCCACAGGCCUACCUCGCUUUAUUAGGCUUUGUAUUUGUACAGAUGCUAGCUGUAGUGCUCCCUGCCUCCUCGGCCCCUGGUCACGGGGACCACAUCCCCCAACCUGCGAUGUCCUGCGACCCCAGGAACUCCACAUGUCCUGACCACUUCUGUUGUGUCAAAAAGGUUAUCACAUAUGCAGAUGUCAGUAAAUAUGCAAUUGGAUUCACGGAGUGUCAACCACUUCGAAAAUUGAAAUAUUUUUGCCUGGUGAUAACAGAGGAUUUUAUGUGCCCGUGUGAAAAAGGAUUAAUGUGUAAAGUUAAAGACGGUGACAAUUUCGGACAUUGUGAGACAGCCGUGGAUUGAUACCGUUAAUGAAGAGGAAAUUGGUGUUACUUCUUGCCGGCUGAUUGUGGGUGUUGGUGUCCCUUGUAUGGAGCUAUCCGUUAUAACUGAGGAUUUGUGAUGGAUACCAGUGACAACAACGAAGAUUCCCUGUGAAAGCAUUGGUGUAAAAUUGCCCUCGGCUUUAAUGUUUUAUCCUAUAAUUGGCAGAGAUUUAGGAGAAGGCUUAAGAUAGAGUUGGAACAAAUUGGCGUAAAUGGAUAACGUGUUUUUUAUAGCCCUCUGUGACAUCUGGUUGAACCUUAUCACAGUGUCAGAGAGGUAUAGAUUGAAGUGGGUUUAAAGUCCACUUUGGCCUACACUAAAGCUACACCAAUUCCUAAAAGGAAUUUCGUGUUCUAUCGGAAAAUAUGAGAAGCCACAACACACAUAUGCAGUAUCAUAUGCAAGACCAGGACAUGAGACUCUCAGCAACGAAAACACUAGAAUAGAUAGAGAUCCAUGUGUGGUGCAUGCCGUAAUUGCUGACUUGACUAUAUUAGAAACAAGACUACGUUGAUUACCUUGUAUUACACGAAGCCACACUACUGAUGUCAAAUACAUGUAUGUUAGUA